CCGACACACACUCACUUAUUAACCCGAAUAAAGGCCCCCGUGCCCCGGUACCAUGGUCCUGAUGAAGCCCCUGGUGCUCCGUGUGGAGCUGCCGGAGAGGCUGUACAGCGGCGGGGAGAAGCUGAGCGGCUCCGUGCUGCUGGAGGCCGAGCAGCCGCUCUCGGUGGCCGGCCUGAGGGUCACUGUGAGCGGCAGAGCCCGGGUGGAGCACCGCGGAGGAGCAGGAGGAGGGAGGAGGAGGAGGGAGGAGGAGGAGUACCUGAGGAGAGAGGAGGUGCUGCGGCUGGAGGAGCAGCUCACCACCGACUCAGACGGCUGCUUCCUGCUUCAGCCUCAGAAGCUCUACAGGUUCUGCUUCGGCUUCGAGCUGCCUGCUGCCGG